AGGGAUUGUAGUUAGUCUGAACCGGGAAGUUUUGUGUUUAAAUCUAAUUCAAUCUAAUCUUCAAGUCGGGAAUUAAAUAUUGGGUUCCUUGAGCUGCUGCAAUAGAACACACAUAAACAAUGAGUUCGUCAUUCGCUAUAGCUAUUCGUCUGACAGUAAUGCUCAGCUGUUUGUCUGCCAGCUUAUCGGAAACAACAUCCGAUGUGUCCAUUACCGUUGGUGGUACAGCCAGGAUACCAUGUCCGUUCGAUGAGGGCGCUGUACGAAACAUCUCCUGGUACUACCAUGAUGCAUCUGGACACCGAAGGAUUUUAAGUCUUGCUAAGUAUGUUGAAGUAAUACAUGAACCCUAUACAUACAGAGCUGGCUUGGAUAAGGACAACUCAACAUUAAUUCUUCAGGAAGUGACCAUCGAUGAUGAAGGAACAUAUCGUUGCAAUGUUGACAGACUAGGACAGCCGACGCUAUUGAAUAUCACUACUACAUUGAGUGUCUUUGUCUUAUCUCCAGGAACUCCUCCGGUGAUUCGGCAGUGUCUCCAAGAACAGCCAAACAGUUCACCCUGCACACUUACUAGUGAGGGACCUACCAACCUUACCUGUCAGUUAGCCAAUGUAUACCCGAUAACCGAUCUCUCGCUUGGCUGGUACCAAGAUGGUCGUGGUCCGUUGGAGGCUGCCUUUUUGAUGUCUGAAACCAAAGAGGAUGGUAGUAUUGACCUGGAAACCAAUGUUGACGCGUUCGAGACAGGGGAAUGGUUGUGCAAGGCAUCGUAUCUCUCUGCAUAUGGUAUCGAACAAACUUCAGCCUCUAUUUCACUCACCAUACUAGAAACGAGUGAUACAGGUUCCCUGAUUGAUCCUGUGAAGAUCGUGGUACCUAUAGUCGUAGUGCUGGCUGUGAUCGUAGUGAUUGUAAUCAUUGCAAUCGUGAGGAGAAGAAGGAAUCGAAGACUUGAAGCUAAUGGACAGUACGGAGAGAUAAAACCAACUGAAAAGGUAGAGCUUGGUGACAAAGUUUACGGUAGCAUCGAUGAUGAAAUACUGGCCAGCAUCGCCGAGGAAGUGACGGACGAAAGCGACCUGUCGAAGCUUGGUCGACAUCUUGGGAUUCGACAGUUCAAGUUGAAUCAAAUCCUCAAGGAGAACGAGCAGGCCAAAGACGUCUUCCCCGCCACAUCCAUGCUGUUCACCUGGAAGGAGAAGACACCCGCAGCCAAGCAAGUCCCCAAGAUGGUGAAGGCUCUGGAACAGUCGGAUAUGGAGAACCUGAUAAAGGAAUACUUUCCGAACGAAGCUGGAGUUACAGAUAAGAGAUUGUUUGAGCUAGCCGACAACAUCCAUGAUGCAGAGGCCAUCGAACAGCUUGGCAUCAACUUUGGCUUCAGGCAGUUCAAGGUUAACCAGUACCUCAACAUGAACAAAGACCGUGGUGACCGUUCAGGGACUUUGGCAAUGCUCCUGGAAUGGAGGAAGAAGACACCUAGGACAGCCCAGAUACGGGAUCUAGUAGACGCCCUCAAGAACGCUGGUGCUGAUGGUUCAUUUAACAACAAUUGAGACUACUGAAUGCCCACCUUUAUCUGGUGUAAGGCAUGGUUGCCCCUCGGUGACUUCUUUCAACUGCGAAAUAUCUACCAAGAAAGGACAGCGCAUCAUUUCGUACAGAUAUUGCAAAGUGGAAGGCUGGGAAGUCUUUGUAAAAUAUCAAGCGGCUUGAUGACAUUGUAAAUGUGACCUGUCAGUGGGGGUUCCUAUGCUCCAGUACUGUGUACUGUAAAUUAUAUUUGAAUUAAACAACCGACAUCGACUGUAAACUACGGCAUGAAUAAUGAAAAUUCAAGAACGAAUAGGCGUGUUUCAACCCCCCCCCCCCCUUGAACGAUAUUUGUGUAUUUGUUUUCAAAGAACCGUUUUAUUUAGGAUCACAUUGCUUUCGAGGUAUAAUCGAGAAAUUACAUUAAUAGAAUUGAUGCAUACUGUAUAAAGAACCAUAAACUGGUUGAACCUUGUGUGAGUCAAGAUCAUCGUGGAUGUUGAUUAUUGCUCUUUCAAUCUUGUCAAUCCAACCAAAAAGAAAAGAAAAACGUUAUUAAACGAAUAGAUUAUUAUGGCUUAAUAUUGAGUACCUGAAAAAAAAUAAUCACGUCAAAUUAUUAUGGAGAAUUAUUACUGAGUAACUAAAGAAUUGCCAAAUGACUGAAAAUGAUCUUUUAAAUUUGCAAAAUCUUACAAAACAAAUGUGUUUAAAAUAUUUCACAUUCGGAACUGAAAUAUUUCAUUGACCGUUUGGUAAUCAUGAUAAAUAACAGUAUGAAGUAAAAGUUUUUAAGUUUUAUUAAGACACAUUGUUGUAUUUCUAAACAUACAUGGUUCCUUUGUGACAGUAUCAUGCACAGAUUGGAUGAUUUGAUAUUAAAAAAUGAGAGGCAAUCACGCUAAACGUCACAUAAAAUGAAACUACAAAGUAGUCUCGACAAUGCCAACAAUGUUGGGAGGAUGGUGCGACAUUAUAUGAUAACCUUAUGUUUGCUUGUGAAAAGGAAAUUAACUUUACAUUCGCAAGACAAUACCACUUGGGAACAAGAGUGACUCUUGAGUGACGUUCUAGUCUCUCUUACGUUUCACUAGUUCCUUUCAGGUCAAGUCCACCCCAGCUAAACGUUGAUUUGAAUAAAUAGAGAAAAAUCAAACUAGCAAAACACUGAAAUUUCCA